GCCUGCUGAGGAGGGUCUUGCUCACCCACCUGCACCAGGACCAUGUGUGACCAGCAAGAGAUUCAGUGUUGUGGGCCAAUACCCCAGUGCUGUGUCAAGGGUUCCUCCUUUGGUCCCUCACAGUUUCCUCAUGCCAACAACCAGGUGCUAGUGGAAGCUCCGUGUGAGAUGCAAUUUCUGGAAUGUGCUGCACCAUGCCCCAUUCAAGUUUCUCAGACUCCAUGCCAGUCCAGUACCACUGAAGUGAAGGGCCAGGCUCCAUGUAAAACCACCAACGUUAAAUGCCAGACCAAGACCACCCAGGUGAAAUGCCAGCCUAAGACCACUGAGAUAAAGUGCCAGGCUCCCUGCCAGGCUCAGGUUUCCUGUGUUCAAUGCCAGGCUCCAUGCCAAUCUCAGGUUUCCUAUGUGCAAGUUCCACAACCUCCUCAGACCUACUAUGUAGAGUGUGCUCCAGUGUAUUAUACAGAAACUCGUUUUGUGGAAUAUCCAGUUUCAAACUACGUGCCUGUUCCAGCUCCUCAGCCUGGGUACACUUAUGUAGAAUGUCCCUCACUGGGCCAGGGCCAGGGCCAGGGAAGUUUCUCCACUCGGUACCAGUAUCAGGGAUCCUAUGGUAGCUGCACUUCUCAAUCACAGUCACGGGGUUCUUACAGCAGCUGUGGUCCACAGCAUCAGUCUCAGGCUUCCUACAGUUACUGCGAACCCCAGUUUCAGUCCAGACCCUCCUAUACCAACUGUGGUACUCAGCGCCAGUCACAGGCUUCCUUUGGCAGCUGCACCUCCCAACUCCAGUCUCGAGCAUCCUACAGCAACUGCUCCUCCCAGCGUCGGUCCGGGACUUCCUUUAGCACUUGUGCACCUCAAUGCCAGGGCCAGGGCACCUAUGGAAGCUUUACUGCACAGCGCAGGUCUCAGAGUGCCAGCCGAUGCCUCCCUUCUCGUCGGCUUCAGCCUUCUUAUCGCAGCUGCUCUCCACCAAGACAUUCUGAGCCCUGUUAUAGCAGCUGCCUGCCAUCCCGGUGCUCUUCAGGCUCCUACAACUAUUGCACUCCACCCCGCCGCUCAGAACCCAUCUACGGCAGCCACUGUUCUCCUCGGGGCCGCCCUUCAGGCUGUUCUCAAAGAUGUGGACCCAAAUGCAGGAUAGAGAUUUCCUCGCCUUGCUGCCCAAGGCAGGUUCCCCCUCAGAGGUGUCCUGUCCAGAUUCCUCCCAUCAGAGGAAGAUCUCGGAGUUGUCCCCGGCAACCUUCUUGGGGUGUCUCUUGCCCAGACCUGAGGCCAUGCGCAGAACCACAUGCAUUCCCAAGACCUUGUAGGCCACAGCGUCUUGACCGGUCUCCAGAAUCAUCAUGGCGGCGGUGUCCAGUUCCUGCACCACGUCCAUAUCCACGUCCAGAACCAUGCCCAAGUCCAGAACCACGUCCACGCCCACGCCCACGCCCACGUCCAGAGCCAUGCCCAAGUCCAGAACCACGCCCACGCCCACGUCCAGACCCAUGCCCAAGUCCAGAACUACGCCCACGCCCACGUCCAGAGCCAUGCCCAAGUCCAGAACCACGCCCACGUCCACGUCCAGACCCAUGCCCAAGUCCAGAGCCCCGCCCACGUCCAUGUCCAGAGCCAUGCCCAAGUCCAGAACCUCGCCCAUGUCCUCCAUUGAGGCGAUUUUCAGAACCCUGUCUGUAUCCAGAACCAUGUUCAGUUUCUAAGCCAGUGCCAUGUCCAGUACCAUGCCCAGCGCCACAUCCACGCCCAGUUCACUGUGAGACUCCAGGUCGACGUCCACAACCCAGUCCUCGUUCACAACCUUGUCCGCAUCCAGAACCAAUGCCACGUCCAGUGCCCUGCUCCAGUCCAGUGCCUUGUGGAGAUCCCAUUCAUUGUCCCAGUCCUUGCUCAGGUCACAAUCCAGUUCCUUACAGCCAAGAACUAGGCUGUCAUGAAUCUAACCCAUGUCGCCUGGAUACUGAAGGCCCGAGCUCCUAUAGCUUCAGCCAAGGGCAAGAGAGUAAUGGCUGCUGUGUAUCUGGUGGUGUCUUUUCAGGAUCACGCGGUUUAAGUGGUUGUGGAGAUCAAGGAAACACCUAUCGUGGCAUGAAUUGUGGGGCUUGUGGUGGAACACAGGGAGCCUACUUUUAAACAAAAGUAUAACCCAAAUGCUCCUGCGUUAGGUUCUUUAGAGUAUUUCCCCUUCUUAUCUGGUUUAAUCUUUCCAUAGACAUUGAGGUGCUUCCUGCUUCCAAGUUGUUAUCCAAACUUCUUGCAUGUUACCUCACGUUCUACACCUGAAUCCCUGACAUCAUUCCAGCCUUAUGUCUCAAUCCUUCUUUGCACAGAGCUUUAAUUCUAACUAGACCAGCUUGGUCACUAGGACACUCCUUGGGUGUUUCUCCUGACAGUCCCCAGAUGCUCUUGCCUCUGCAGAGGCUUCCUCAGUCUGAACCACUUCUCACUAUUUCCCAGGAUCUAAAAUUGUACCUGUCUUUCAAUAACUCCUCCUGAAUCUUUUACUGUUGUUGUGUGUUUCUACCCAUAGGACCCUAUUCUGACUUCCUAGAAUUCACUGCUCUAAUACCAUUCAUUUAGUAAGUGCUUUUCAAUACUCUUGAAUUAGUAAUUUCUCCUGCCUUUUCUGCCUAACUAGAUUGCAAACUUUCAUCCAAGUGGAAUUAGUAUAUCCUUGUGUCUAUCUUAGGUCAGGUAAUAAUUGAACAAGGUUAUGGUUGGCAGCUUGAGAAUGCUCUGUCCUGUUGGGAAAGUACAGGAACUGUGACAAUAGGAAGAUACAUAACAAUAAAAACUGGAUGUAUUC